UUAUGGUAUCAGGACUCUGCCACUGGAAACUGGAACUUGGAAGUCAGUAGUCAGUAUUCAAUACUCAGUAUCGUCUAUCGAGCUUUUUCGAGUGAGUCUCUCGAGAAUGGCUAAUUUCAAACUGAUGACUACUGACUAUCAAGUUGGUCCGCGUUUUAGUCCGUUUGUUAUUCGUUAGACGUUUAGACUGUAGCUUUGUCUAUUGAGAUUGUCCAACCAUAAAACAUUGUUUUUACAACCAACUGUUGCGAGGGAAAAACUCUAAACAGUAAUCUUAAUAGUGUAUUACUAUAGUUCUUCAAUGGCAGAAUUACUACUUCUUUAAAUAAUAUUUAAAUUGUUUUAUGAAAAAUUAUUGUAUUGCAUAUUUCUAUUGUAAGUUGUAGUAAAAUUCAUAACAAUGAGUGGUCAAGAAGAGGAUUAUCACUAUGACCGUGCUAUGUUUUUCAAUGAAUUGUCACAAAGUAUUGAAAGAAACAAGUUAUCAACUAAUAUAUUAUUUAGUAAUUAUCUAAACGAUUUUAAAGACAUUGUUCAACACAAUGGAUUAGUUCAUGAAGAGAUGAAUAUUGUUUGCCAAUUAUUGUGUACUGUUAAUUUAAGUGUACAAAAUUUUAAACGAAUACUUUUAACACUAGUACCAGAAGAACCAUCAAUACCACAUGAUAUUUGCGAAGAACUUAUAGUUUGGGCUUUAUCAGUUUAUCGCCAAAAUGCUAAUGAUGCAACAAAAGCUCAAUGUCUAUUAUAUUGGUUACUUUACGUAGUUGAAGAAAAAUUAACUAAUAUGGACAUAGUUGAUAAAUAUUAUAAAGUCCUAUUUCAUCUUUGUAACUAUGAAAAUGUAAAUCAACCUGUUGCUGGUAUUAUUUAUUGUUUGACAAAAUCUGAUGAUGUUCAAAAGUGGAUGAUAACAUGUUUGAAGAAUAAUAUAGAGGGUUCAAAAUCUGAACCACAUCUGAACAAAUUACUGACUCUCUUUGAAAGCCCUAAUUCAAUGAACAAUACGCGCCCAAAAGGACUUUUUGAUUGUAACAAUACAUUUUGUAAAGAACUUGCAUGCGGUUUGCGUAGUGUUCGAAAAGAAUUAAUGAAUAUACAUCCUCAGUCUACACACACUCAGCAACUCAUAGAUUAUGAAAGAAAGUCCUCAGAUAAAUUGUAUAAUAAAAUUCAGUUUGUGAAUGUUAAUAACAAAUUUGAAUUUCCAAGUACUGAAGAAUUAGCAAAAUCAUUCAUAAAAGAAGGUUCUUCUAAUAACAGCUUGAUACUUUUGGGUAAUGUGAGCGGCUGGUGUAAAUUACUUAUGAACAAUGAUAAAGAAUUAAAUUUACAACAUAGAUUUUCAAAUAAUUUAUAUCAUAGUCUAGAUCAAAUAUUUUUAAGUAAUGAAGUUGCUGUUAAAUCAUUAAAAAAAACAAAAUUCUUACAAGAAGUUUUGGAAUUUCAAAAAUUUGCCCAUCGAGGUUUGACAGCAGUAAAUAUGUUUAUAUUUCAAUACAUAAUUUCAUGGGAUGGAAUGGAAAAUAGUCGAAUAAUUUAUGAACUUUUUGAAUACUUAUCAUUCACUUCAGAAGAAGAAUUAAAAAAUAGGUUUUUAGAAAAGUUAUAUGCUAUAUUUAUUACUGGAGAUGAAUUAAUUUAUAGAAUGGUAAUUAAUUCUUUGACGAAUCUUCUUUGUAAUUUGUAUUUUAAUUCUAAACAAACCAGAACAAAUAAAAACUGUACAUUAUUUGGUGAAGAAUUAAGAGAAGAAACAGAAUUUGAAAUAGUAAAAUGUUUGACAAAAUAUAUAUCACAUUGGUGCUCAAUAUGUAUUUAUAAUUAUCCACAAGAAGAACAAUUAAAACAUACAGUUUAUACAUUUUUUGAAAAAGUAUCUAUUUUAGAAAAUUUGAAACCAUCUAUUUGGCCUAUUUGGACAAUUAUGCCACCAAAUGUUUUCUAUAAUGGGUUGAUGUCAAUAAAUAUUUAUUGGUUAGAUAGAUUGUCUAAACUUAUGUUAAGGCACAUUAAGGUAGAUACUGACAGAAUUGAGGACAUAGCAGAUAAUCCAUCAAUUUUAAGAACGUUACAAUUGUUUGACUUGUACAUGGCAGAUUUUUAUAAUGCGCUUCAAACAGGAGAGUUAUUUGAUAAGCGCGAAGAAGGGUUUAUGUUUAAGAAUUUGAAUGAAGAGGAAGUUGAAAAAGAUUUUAAAAUAGUGAAUUUAAAUAUAUGUUUUCAAAUGGAAAAACAUAUUGCUCUAGCUCCAUAUUAUAUGAACGCUAUGCAUACAGUGGAGGAUCCUUUAGAUUUGCUACAGACGGAAGCUCCAAAUUUACACAAAUUAAUUCUUACAUUAAACGAAAAUUUGCAGAAUGAUACCGGAAAUGAAUUUUCAAUAAGUUAAUUUUAUAUAUUUUAUACAUUUUAUACUAUAAACAAAAUAUAUUUAAGAAAUAUUGUUAGUCAGUAUUGUUUUAAUUAUUUUUAUUACU